AGCAGUUAAUGGGUGAUUUGCCGCCUGAGAGGGCUGAGCCUGCCCCUCCUUUCAAGUUCAUUUCAGUCGAUCUCUUCGGGCCUUAUCAUGUCAGAGAUGAUGUCAAAAAAAGGGUGACGAUUAAGAUCUGCGGAGUCGUCUUUUGCUGUAUGACCAGUAGAGCUAUUCACACCGAAUUGGCAAGCUCGCUUUCCACUGAAAGUUUCCUGAUGGCUUAUCAGAGAUUUACUGCGAUCCAAGGUUAUCCACAGAAGAUCUCGUCUGAUGCAGGCACCAAUUUUAUUGGAGCAAAACCAGUUUUGGAGGAGCUGUAUAGAUAUCUGGGCACCCAAAAUAUAUCAGGUUUGAAAGAAACUGCAGUAAAGAAUGGGACUGAGUGGGUGUGGAAAAUCCUUCCCGCAGACUCACCUCACAGGAACGGAGCUGAUGAAGCUGCUGUUGGCAUUGUGAAAAGAGCUUUCCAGAGUCUUGGUCAAGAAUUUGCAUCAACUUUUAGUGAAUUUUAUGCAACUCUUUAUAACGCUGCCAAUCUUGCAAAUGAGCGCCCAAUCAAUGCCAGAAUACAGAGUCAAGAGGGUUGUAUUCAGUAAUCACUUCCAACAGUCUUUUCCUUGGACGAGCAUCUCAGAGUGGUGAUGAGAAAAUGAGGUUACUAAGUUCUGGAACAGUUGGAGGCAGCUGGCUGAUCCCAACCUUUUUGUGAGGAGCAAAUGGCACACUUCCCAGAGAAAUGUUGCUGUUGGGGACAUCAUCUGGUUGUGUGACCAAAAUGCACUUAGGACAGUUUAAGCCGGGCAAAGUUGUAAGUGCUAAUCCCGACAAGAACGGUGUUGUGAGGGACGUAAAUGUCCAUGUUGUUAAGCAAAGAUCAACUCAUCCACCAAAGAAAGAUAAAAUCAAGACCAGCAUUCUUCACAGGGAUGUUAGGAGGCUCAUUAUCUUAAUACCGGUAGAGGAACAAAUGGAAAGCCAAACCAGGGAGGAAUAAAACUCCAGAUGUACCAAAUACGACAGCGGAACUGCGAUCUUCCCAGUGGUUCAUGGAAAGAUCGAGUGGGAGGUGUGAAGUCAAAUCAGAAAAAGAAAAGAAAAAAAAGACAUGCGCUUACUGUGUCCCACACGGACCUAAAAGAGGGACGGACAAUGAGAAAAGCAGAAGAGAAAGCCAAACAAAGAGGAUGGGAGUUGCGGACUCUUUUGAUCAGAGAUCCUAGUCGACCUGUGCGGAACUGGAUGAAUCUGUGGACGGGCGGAGAGGCAGCCGGUCAGGACAUGACUGAGGCUGUAAACAUCUGCAGUUCAAAUUUUAAAUACAUGUACUGGACAAUGAAGCAACAGCUCACCCAUCACACAAGUAAUGGCUGCAACGUCAGACCAGGAGACUUACUGGCUUCCGGUACCAUCAGUGGGCCCAACCCUGGCAGUUUUGGUUCCAUGCUGGAGCUGUCUUGGAGAGGGUCAAAGAGUAUUGACAUUGGAGGAGGAAAAACUAGAACAUUCUUGAAGAAUGGAGAUGAGAUCACUAUCACAGGUUAGACAUUUUGGUGUCGAAGGUGAAUAACAUAUUCAUAUAACAAAACCUAGGUGGUGCUAAAAUCUAUGGAAGCCUGUUUCCGCCAC